AUGGUGGUCAUCUUUGACGAGGUGGUAAAGCGUUUACUGAGACAGGUGGGGAAAGAAGAUCUGAAACCAGUUACCGAUCUAAAAAGUGCUAAGAAAUUCCAUCACUUUAAUGUGUUACGGAAAAAGAAGAAUAAACUCUCAUCAUUUUGGAACCCGCCUGACAUUCCUGCUGGAUUCUCCCUCCUGGACAUCCUGGAUCAAAGUUCUCCAGUCCCAGAUCCUUCCAGAGAAGGCCCAUUCAUCUACAAAGACAAUAUGGUUUGGAAAGGAGAGGGUGAUAUGACUAUCAAUGCAGGAGUUGGGGCACAAGUGGCAGCAUCAGGGGAAACUAACAAGUCAUAUGAAUCCAUCCUCAAGUUUCAGAUUAAUGAGAUCACAACAAAAACCUGGACAGACCUUCGUUCAAGGGUACUUUUAAAACCAGAGCCAUGGUUUCUGGAACAAUGUCGAAAAAGAAGAGAGGAUCUAUAUGUGGUGACAGAAACUGUGGAAGUGACCAACAGUCCUCAGCUGCGUGUUGAAAGUGGUAGAAAGUGGUUUGGAAAAUUCUCCAUUCCACAUACCUCUUAUUUCAAGGGUCAAGGCCAGGUAACUGGUGACAAGAAGAGAGAACAGUUACUGACUUUACCAGAGAAUAUGGUGAUGGCGUAUCAGACAAAGCAGCUGAUUUUUAAGAAGGAUGGCUGGGGUUAUAGAAGUCAGAUUCUGCCAAUACAAAGAAUAGAGGAGCCUUCAAAUAAAGAUUUUAAGCAACUACAAGAUGAGAUUUCCAGAAGAAUGGGAGAACUAUCCCAAUUUUCAAAGAAUGUUCAGGAUAUUUUAUUCCAUAAUAUUUUGGUCAUGCUUGGGGAUCGGGAGGCUCUUCAGGACCUGCAGGAUAUGAUAGAACAAUUUCCCCAGGGUGAUUUGAAUGGCCCUGGUGGAAUCAUUCUAAAUGAACUGAGAAAGAACAAAGAAGAUUUAUUGGUUUUUGCACCAUAUUGCAUCCCUUAUCUCCUUGAAGCCUUGCUGGUGCUCAAUGACACCCAACAGGAUCUGCUGGCAUGGUCCAUGGAAAAGAAGAUCCUAGUUCAUCAGCGGGAGCUGGUAAGGAGUAUCUUGGAGCCCAACUUCAAAUACCUUUGGAGAAUUCCUUUCACCCUUAAAGAAGAGCUUCUUACCCCACUGCAGGAUGAAGGUGUGGCUGUCACCUACAAACUGCUGGAGGAGUGUGGCCUAAAGAUUGACCUAAAUAGCAAUAGGUCAGCCUGGGAUCUGGAAGCCAAGAUGCCACUGUCAGCCCUGUAUGGAUGCCUCUCACUGCUUCAGCAGCUGGCUGUGGCCUAAAUUCUCCCU